AUGGCAAGGCUUUGCAACAACAAAUAUUCAGUGGUUUUGCUAGUUGUUGGUCUUGGAGUAGCUUUAGUUGAAAUCCUUUUGUUAUUACAUAGGAUGCACGUACUUACUGGAGACAAACACGCAUUGAUGCAGCAAUUAAGAGCACUUGAGCAUCUGCAUAAGGACAAAGAAAAAUAUGAGUCAAAAUCAUCGUGGAAGAGAAUGUUUGCAGGAGUUAAAAUACGACGCCAAAACGAGCCAUUUGAUAUAACGCCAUAUGAUAGUUUUACAUAUCAAACAGUGUUUAGUGUCAACAAAGAUGGUGCGAACGAUGAACCUUCACGAACAAUCAAAGGAGAACGUUUGGAUGAUCAUCAAGAAACACUGAAAUUUGCUGUGAAUCAUGUAAACAAGAAAUUAUUGCACAAAGGACAGUAUGAACAGAUUACAAAACUCAAUCUAGUCAAUGGCAUUAGUAAAUUAGAUCGCGCUUAUGGAAUGGAAUAUGACUUCAUCUUUAAAAUACCAAAGUCGACUGACAAAUAUGAAAGAGUUAAAGUGUACCGUCCAUAUAACAAUAUACAGCUUCGGCAGAGCAUUGAGAGUUUUAGCACAUUGAAGCGACGAGUUAAUGUAAUAAUUCCAUUGUCUGGCAGACAAGCGCAACUUAAGUUAUUUUUGAAACAUUUUGGCGACUGCUGUUUGCAGCUUAAUGUUUACUUGACAGUGGUGUACUUUGGUGAUGAUGGCAAACAGGAUGUAAUUAAUUCACUCAAGGAGUUUGAAAAGAAAAAGAAAUUCCGUAACUAUAAGGUGAUUUUUUCAAAUGCUUAUUUUUCUCGCGGAGUUGGCCUGCAAACAGGUGUUCUCUCGUGGAGCAAAGGAAAUGACAUUAUGUUUUUUUGCGAUGUUGAUGUGUAUUUUGACGCUAGUUUUAUUGAUCGAUGUAGAUUUUAUACAGAUCCUGGUAAAAUGGUCUAUUUCCCUAUUGUGUUUUCCUUAUACAACCCUGAAACAGUUUAUUAUAGCAAUAUUCCAGACAUUAAGCGACGGCUAUUUGCAAAAAAAGGAAACGGUCUUUGGGUUGAUUUUGGCUUCGGCAUGUCUUGCAUUUACAGAGACGAUUUCACGAGAUCAAAAGGAUUCAAUACGUCCAUUAAAGGUUGGGGCGGAGAGGAUGUUGCAUUAUUCAGAAAGUUCAUCAAUACUAACAUCACAGUCAUAAGAGCAACAGAUCGAGGGCUAUUUCAUAUUUAUCAUCCCAAAAAUUGUGAUCCAAAUUUAACAAAAAUUCAAUACUUAUCAUGCAUGACGGUUAAGGCUAGGCUAGAAGGAUCACAUGUGCAAAUGAGUAGACUAGCUUUCGGAAGUAAUUUGUUUAGCGAUAAACAACCGGACUGGAAAACAAAAAUGAAAAUAAUGAAACUUCAAAAAGAUAUGAAUGAAAUUGAUGUUGCAAUAGCAGAAAUUAAAAGUCUUAAAGUUCGAAUUGAUUCCAUCAAAAAACCGACGAGCAUGAAAGACAAGAAUACCUCUUAUCAUGCAGAUAAACUGAGAGAAUUGAAAAAAAGUUUGGAUGGUGUUUUACUGGAUGUUAGAAAACUUUCUUUUGAUCAAACAAAUGAUACGAUAAAAUAA